AUGUUUAUGGACGCCACAUCAGGCAGGAAUGACUUGGUUGGAUCAAGUUACACUGAUGCAAAUGAUUUUGAUGAACGCCCCUACAGGCCCGCAUCACACGACGGACCGGUGUGGCUGUUUGAACCGCCACGUCGCUUUGUCUUCAGUAACUCGUCCGGUGGACACAUCGAUUGUAAAGUGGGCAACGUUGAGCCUCCUGCCGUAGUCUCAUGGCGUGGUGAAAAUCUUCUGCCUGUUGACGACGUACCGGGUCUCGUGGCAGUACACAAUAACGGAAGUCUUGUGUUUCGCCCAUUCAGCAGCCACUCCUACAGCUCCACUCUACAUUCAGCAUCGUAUUCCUGCAUCAGCAGAUUUUCAAACGGGGCUUUGCUCUCUCUUCCAGUCCGCGUCAGAGCUGUGGUUGACGUCACUUACGAAGCACGCGUACGUGACCAGCACGUAAUGGCCGGCAACGUAGCCGUGCUGACGUGUGAGCUGCCGUCCUACGUCAAAGAUUACGUCACCGUCACGUCCUGGCUGCGCGACGACGCCUUCAACAUCUUC